ACUUUGGAAAUAGUACAAAGGCGAGCAUGAAAACAAGACCCCAUUGGUUGUUGCCUAGUAGUUCUGUUGCUCUUAUAGGGUAUACGCAUUCCUUGGAUCUUCUCUCUCUUCCUCUCUCUCUCUCUGUUGCUUGAAAGUGUUCCGACACAGCUCCUACCAAAUGGGGUUUCUUCUCCGUGCAGUCUAGGAUUCCAAGCUGCUUCAGGAGUUAGACUGAAGAAUAGAGAGAAAGCUAGUUAUAAAUUGUUGCCAGGAGUGGUGUAGAGGGUAUAUAUGACAAUGCAAACCACCUAUUUCAAGGAACAUGCGGGAAGUGCCCAUAAUCCCACUGGGCAAUUAUCGUCCGCUGCAGCAGUGCCUUGGUGGAGUGGGCUUGGAUCUCAAUCAGUUUAUGAGGAAUCUUUUGCUCAAUUGAAGUCUUUAUCAAUGGAACAUCCCGGUAAAGGAGACCAACUCACUGCCAUUAAACAAGUGGAGCUGGGUGCAGAAGAUGGAACUGACAAGGGGAAUUCCACUCAGUUCACUAUAUUUUCCGGUGAAUGCAAAAAUUCAGAGGAUGCACAAAAGCCUCAGCCACUCCAGGCAACCAUCUCUAUGCAAUCAACUAUCCCAGAAUAUCAAACUCGUUUUGACCUUGGAUUUGGUCAGCCCAUGGUCUGUGUGAAGUAUCCUUAUGCGGAUCAAUGUUAUGGAGUCUUCUCAGCUUAUGGACAUCAAGUUAUGGGACGUAUCAUGCUGCCUCUAAGCUUGACAACAGAUGAUGGACCAAUAUAUGUAAAUGCUAAGCAGUAUCAUGGAAUCAUUCGGCGACGGCAGUCCCGUGCAAAGGCAGAACUGGAGAAUAAACUGACAAGGGCUCGCAAGCCAUAUAUGCAUGAAUCACGCCAUCUCCAUGCAAUGCGUCGACCAAGGGGGUGUGGUGGCCGUUUUUUGAAAAAGAAUCUGAAUGGUGGGAAGUGUGGAACUGACAUGAAAAAGGUUGCUAACAGGCAACUUUCUCAGCCUACUGGAUCUCAGAUUUCUGAAGUUUUGCAAUCUGAUGGUGGAAAUAUGAACUCACCAAAGGAAGCAAAUGGCAACCUGUCAAAACUUUUGGGAUCAGAGGUGACUAGUAUGUAUUCAAGGCGAUAUCUCCAUCAGUUCCCUGUCAAUAAUGUUCAAGCAUCUGUUGACACUCUUGUUGACAUGAUGGACAGAGGACAUGGUAUAGUUAUGCCCAGUAAGUGGGUUGCAGCAGCAGAUAACCGCUGCAACCCCAAAGCUUAAUAGCAAGGAAGACUGUGGGCUUGGUGUUAGGUUUCUAGCACCAAACCCCAUCCUUGCUGCAACCAAAUAGAGAGCUCUGUUGCAUUUGCUGUUAUGGUUUUUGCAACAGGUUUCAAUUCAAAAGUUUGCUCCAUCAGUACUUGGUUGCUCUUUGAAUGGUAAUUCAUCCUUGGCUCAGUGGCACUAAGUUCUUCCUCACCACUCAGUGGUAAAGAGGCUAUCUUAGUGCCCCCUAUAAAAAUAACUAGACUACUAUAAGUGGGUUUGUCCUAUUGACUGAAUAAGAGCAUGAACUCUGGAUAUCCAUGUUUGUGAUCCUAAAAAUGCUGAGGUUUGGUGUGGUUGAAGUUACUAUCUACUGUGUGAAUUUCUGUCUUUUUUUAGUGAAGCAGCAUCUUUGUAGAACCUUUUGUUUGUGGUUGUACUCAGUAACUUUGUCUGCAUAAUGCAUCCCUGCUGCUCACUGUUUGCAGAUUAUAAAAAACUUUUUGUGCA